AUGGCUCUUCCGUUGCCCAGCGGCCUGGUUCCCAGUGAGGUUGCCUUCCUAUGUGAAAUGGAGCUCGUCACAGUCGUUCCGCGGCAACGGCUGGACAGCAUUGAGCUUCUCGCAGGCCCUACACCGGCUCUCCGGCCGCCGAGACGAAGCAACAUUCCGCUGUGGCUCGCCAUUGUGCUGAAGAAGCAGCGCCGCGCCAACAUUGUGGCCCCGGCCUGGCUGCACCCGGCGUCCCUGCGCGACGUGCUCCAGCAGGAGACCACCAUCGACCCCAAGGGCUGGGCGCCGCCGCCGCCGCCGCCGGUCCGCGCUGACGGGCGCGGCAACGCCCGCCGCAUCAACAGCCGCGACGACGCCGACGAGACGGUGCUGUCGCCGCCGUUCCUGCCGUCCUGCACGGCCGACGCGCCGUCGGGCGCCCUCCCGUACCACUGGUACGAGCUCGCCGAGAUGCUGCUCACGCACGCCGCCGACGACGUGCCCGCCGCGUCCGAGGUCCGUCUGCUGCUGCGCGACCUGCAGGAGGUGCGCGGCUCCAAGAUGCGCGCCAGCACGGCCCAGCUCGACGCCGGCAUCGACGCCGUCAUGAGCUUGCGCGGCAUCGGCGCCAUGGAGCUCGCGGAGAGCAGGGGCUUCCUGACCGCCGUCGUCGAGGGCGUCAGGAAACUCGGCGCGAGCGCGGAGAUGACGCGCAGAGAGGAGGAGGAGGAGGAGCGUGGCGGCGCGGGGGCUGACGACGACGGCAGCGAUGAUGACAUGGGACUGUAA